AUGGAUGCCGAUUCUCUUGGAACCCCGUUCCUAGAUGCCUGGAAAAAGCUAAAGAAGAAUCAGCGUGGGUAUGCAGCCAUCAGAGCACUUUCUAUCUCUCUAAAAUGGCCCAUUAUCAUGGUUGUUCUUCCAAGGUCAAUUUUGAUAGGAUUAACAGUCUGCCAGCCCAUUUUAUUAAACCGGCUUCUAGACUACCUGACUGAAUCCUCGGAACCAAAGGAAAAGGACAUUGGUUAUGGCUUAAUAGGGGCAUAUGCUCUUGUAUACUUUGGGAUCGCUAUAUCCACUGGAUUUUACUGGUAUUACCACUAUCGAGUUCUCACUAUGAUCCGCGGGUGUCUGGUAUCGGCUAUUGGUGUGAAGACAUUGCAGUUGAAUACGCAUUCUGUGGAGGAUCCAAAAGCAGCUGUGACAUUAAUGAGCACUGAUGUCGAAAGGAUAAUCUUCGGGCUACGGAGCUUUCACGAGUUUUGGGCAAAUGCUAUUCAGGCUGGCUUUUUAGCAUUCCUUUUAAAGAGGCAGCUUGGUAUAGCUUUUAUGGUCCCGCUUGUUAUCGCAAUAUUAUCCUCUGUGUUGUCAAUAUGGGCAAGUCGUUCAUCCGAUACUUAUCAGACAGCCUGGACAAGCUGUUCCCAACUCCGAAUUGGAACCAUCUCAAGCAUGCUAUCUUCGAUCAAACCACUAAAAAUGAGAGGGCGAACCGAGAUACUAUCGUCAAUUAUUCAAAAUAUCCGGUUACAAGAGAUCAGGCUGGCCAAUCGGUUCAGAAUGCUUCUAGUAUGGACCACAGGAUUGGGCUAUAUUCCGCAGUUCAUUUCACCACCACUUACAUUCUUGCUAUUCAUUUUGAGGGCGAAGGGAAAUGGGCAGCCAUUUGAUUCCUCAAGAGCAUUCACGUCUCUGUCCUUGUUGUUGAUCUUGGCUCAGUCGCUCAGCCAAACACUCCUUGACCUGCCUCCACUGCUUGCUUCAUUUGGAUCAUCCUCCCGUAUUGACAAGUUUUUAUCAACGGAAUCCCGGGUGGAUAUAAGGCAUUUUCCUGCCCUGCUGGACGAACCGCGGAAGACAACUUUUGAAAAGAAAUAUCUCCCUGAGCAGACUAUCAUCGAAGUGACAAAUGGGGUUUUUGGAUGGGAAUAUGAUAGAGAUGUUCUCCACGACAUCAAUAUCACUAUCCCCCGGGGCCAAAGUACUUUUAUUGUGGGGCCAGUUGCAAGUGGGAAAUCCACUCUCUGCUAUGCUUUGCUUGGAGAGAUACCGGUAUCAAGAGGCAAGGUUGAGAUAUUUGCCAAUGCGAAGGAUAUUGGCUUCUGCCGUCAAACGCCACAUCUAACUAAUGAGACAGUUCAGCAGAAUAUAAUUGGAUUCUCGUUAUUCCAGCCUAGUUGGUAUAACACGGUUGUUAAAGCCUGUGCACUGGCUACUGAUAUUGACUCUCUGCCCCAUGGAAAUGAAACGAAAGUCGGAAGCGAUGGAAUCAACUUGAGUGGUGGACAGAAGCAAAAGAUUGCAAUUGCCAGGGCCCUCUAUGCCCUGAAACCAAUACUGCUCUUUGAUGAUGUGCUCAGCGGACUUGAUUACACUGGGGCAAGCCACAUCUUCCGGGAGGUUAUAGGCCCAAAGGGGCUUGCACAGCAACACGGCAUUACGGUGAUUAUUGCAACCCAUGCCACGGAGUACCUCCCCUUUGCAGACCACAUUAUUGCUCUCGAUAAAUCUGGCCACGUGAUUCAGCAAGGGAGCUUCCAAUCGCUACGUUCCCAAAGUGGCUAUAUUGGUAGCCUUGCCAUUGCAGAGAACUUUGAGAAAGAAACCGUUGCUCAUGCUGAUCAAGCGGCUGCAAAGAGUGUAGGUGCUUCUGUCAAUAAUGAAAAAUCCGAUGAGAACCUGCCAAUCCGACCGUCAGGGGAUUUCAGAAUCUACAGUUAUUACUUUAAAGCUGCCGGUAUCUGGACAUCAUGUCUUCUACUGAUACUGGUAAUCUCCUAUGCUACUCUAUACAACUUCCCCACCUACUGGCUGAGGAUUUGGGUGGACACUUCCACCCCUUCUCGGCCUGCAAGACUGGAUGAUCUGGGAUAUUGGGCUGUCUACACAGUUCUUCAGACUUCGGCGCUUUUCCUACUGCUUGGAGUGGCAUAUCAUACCCUCAUCCGUUUCGUCAGCAGAGCAGGCUCAAGCUUACACAAAGAUAUCCUCGACGUCGUUAUAAAUGCCCCAUUGUCAUUCUUUGGUUCAACGGAUAUCGGUGUCACCAUCAACCGCUUUUCUCAGGAUAUUCAACUCGUCGAUAACGAGCUACCUAUGGCAUUGUUAAACUGGCUGUUAACUGUAUUCCUGGCUCUUGGUCAAAUAAUCUUGAUUAUCAUCGCAUCACCAUGGGUGGGAUUUGCCUUUAUAGUCAUUGUUCCGAUAUUAUACACAAUGCAAAAUUUCUACCUACGGACCUCUCGCCAGCUAAGACAGCUAGAACUCGAGGCGAAAAGCCCUUUAUACUCGAACUUCCUAGAGAGCUUGAAUGGACUAUCUACACUCAGAGCUUUUGGCUGGACAGCUCAGGCAUUAGAGACAAGUUACAGGCUUCUUGAUGAGUCGCAGAAACCACUAUACUUACUCUACAUGAUCCAGCGCUGGCUUACGUUCGUUCUGGAUGUAACCAUUGCCUUUCUUGCAGUCAUAAUUGUGGCCUUAGCAGUGACCCUCAAGGCGAGCGGUGGGCUCACUGGUGUUGCCCUAACCCAAGUUCUAUCAUUGAACUUGAUACUUACUUCGAUUAUUAUAGCAUGGACCGCUCUAGAGACCAGCAUCGGGUCUGUUAGCAGAAUCAAGCAUCUUACUAAAUAUACCCCUUCAGAGCACAAGCAUGGAGAAGUAAUCCAACCUCCAUUAGACUGGCCGCAUCGUGGAAAAAUUGAUAUCUAUAACGUUACUGCUUAUUACAAGUCUCGGCCUGAAUUCCCAGUACUCCGCGGUUUGAACAUAACGAUAGAGGCAGGGCAAAAAGUUGUGGAUGGCCUCGAUCUGGCCAACCUCCCUCGCAACGUGAUUCGGAGCCGGUUUAAUAUGAUACCACAGGAGCCUGUAUUUAUCCCUGGUACUGUUCGCUUUAACCUGGAUCCGUGUAGCCAACAUUCCGAUUAUGAAAUUAUUGAAGCUCUGAAGAAAGCUCUACUCUUUGACGUGAUAAGUGCUCAAGGCGGGCUUGAUGCCGAAUUCCAACCCAGCUCCUUGAGCCAUGGCCAGCGUCAGUUAUUUUCCCUUGCAGGUGCUACUCUUCAAAAGUCAAAGAUCGUUUUACUAGAUGAAAUUACGAGCAAUGUCGACCAAGCUACGGACGAGUUGAUGCAGAAGAUUGUUCGAGAAGAGUUUAAAUUUUGCACCAUUAUUGCUAUUGCCCACCGGUUAAACACGAUUAUGGACUUCGAUAAAGUGAUAGUGCUUGAUGGAGGGCACAUUGUUGAGUCCGGGAAACCGCAAGAUCUGCUCUGGAAGGAUUCUGUGUUCAAACAAAUGUGGAAAGGCCCUGACUGA